AUGAUGCGCAAGGCCAGUCUCAUCAAGAUCCAGAUGAUCGAAGACUGCGCCGAGUCUAGGAUCAGCCUGUUCAGCGAGGCCUCAGGGAACCGACGGCGCCUGCUUUUGAUGGUCUUUUUCAUCUAUGUCUGCAUCAAAAUCAUCUUCUUCACUUUCCACUUUCUCAACUUCCCCGAUCCAGCCAGUUUCAAGGCAGCUUAUUGCCUUUUGCCGAACAGACUUACCUCUUGCGCCUCUCUCGGAAUAAGACAUUCACCUAUUUGGGCCAAUCUAAGAUUGUUUUUUUCAGCGACUCACUGUCACUUUGAUGCUCAAUUUGGUUUUAUCGGCCUGGAUUCACUCGCUUCAACUCAAUUUCAUCAAUCUGAUAAUCCUACAGACAGUCUUUUUGACUUUGAUCUAAAUUUACAGUUUUGUGUUUCUCUUUUUUACCCGAUUUCUUCUUCACGCCACUGA